CGCUCAUCGUCGAUGUCGCUCGUCGACGCGCGCUCCGCGGCGGAGCACGACGCGCUCCUCGCGCGUCCGAACGCCCUCGUCGUGACGCACUUCUGGGCGUCGUGGUGCGAACCGUGCGGCGCGAUGGACGCGCUCAUGCGAGAGCUCGCCGCCGCGCGCCCCGCGGUGACGUUCGCGCGCGUCGAGGCCGAGGCGUGCGACGACCUCGCGGAGCGAUACGACGUCAGCGCGGUCCCGUUCUUCACGUUCCACCGCGGCGCGGAGAAGAUCGACGCGCUGGAGGGCGCGGACGCGCGCGCGCUCGCGGGGAGAGUGCGGCAGCACUUCGGCGUCGGAGGGGCCGCGGCGGCGGCCGCGUCCGCGCCCGCAGCCGCGGCGGCGCCCGCGGCGGCGGAGCCCCUCGACGCGCGACUCAAGCGCCUCACGACGCAGACGCCCGUGGUGCUCUUCAUGAAGGGCACCCUCGACGAGCCCAGGUGCGGGUUCUCGCGCAAGGUCGUCGACGCGGUGGGCGCGACGGGGAUCGCGUUUUCGACGUUCGACAUUCUCUCAGACGAGGACGUCAGGCAGGGGUUGAAGGAGUACAGUAACUGGCCGACGUACCCGCAGCUGUACGCGAACGGCGAGCUCGUGGGCGGGUGCGACAUCGUCUUGGAGAUGGCGAGCGACGGGAGCUUGAAGGAGGCGCUCGCGGACGCGGCGGCGGCGGCGGCGGACGCGGACGCGGACGCGGGCGGCGGCGACCUCAACGCGCGCCUCGCCGCGCUCGUCAAGUCCGAGCCCGUGAUGCUCUUCAUGAAGGGCACCCGCGACGAGCCCCGGUGCGGGUUCUCUCGGAAGGUCGUCGACGCGGUGGGCGCGACGGGGGUGCCGUUCGGGACGUUCGACAUCCUCUCGGAUGAGGACGUCAGGCAGGGGCUGAAAGAGUACAGUAACUGGCCGACGUACCCGCAGCUGUACGCGAACGGCGAGCUCGUGGGCGGGUGCGACAUCGUGCUCGAGAUGGCGAGCGACGGGAGCUUGAAGGAGGCGCUCGCGGCGACCGUCGCGGCGUGAGCGACCGCGACCGCGGCGAAGACGACGCGCGGUCGCCGCGGACGUCGUCGUCAUCGUCUCUCGAAUAGAUUCAUUUACGCACGUC